AUGGGCAAGCGAAAACUCGGUGCGCUCGAAAAGGUCGACGCAGACCUCGCAAACCUGCAGAACAAGAUCAAACGGGACCCGAAAUCCUACCACACCGACUUCCUGCACCAGUACAUCCAGUAUGAGAACCAGCGACAGAUCUUCAUGCAGGCGCCAACGUCGGCCACGGCCAGCAGCGGCGGCGUCAUCUCAUUCCGCGACCUGAUCGAGUUCGUGGCGCACGUGGCCGAUUGCUACAAGGAAGAGACGAGAGAUUUUCCCAAACAAUUGAUCGAGAUGCUGUCGACGCAGCAUGCGACGCUGGAGCCCGAACUGCGGGAGAAGAUUGUGGGCAGCCUGGUGCUGCUACGUAAGAAGGAGAUUAUCGACUCACACACCCUACUGCAGUGUUUCUUCCCAGUCCUCACUACCACGCCCAGCAAGUCGCUGCGGGCGCUGCUGUUCACGAAGAUUCUGAGCGACCUGCGCUCGGCUAACUCUAAGACGACGAAUCACAAACUCAACCGCAGCGUGCAGACGACGCUACAUAACCUGGUCACGGACGACCGGUCGUCGCCCAAGGCCCUCUGGGCCGUCAAGAUCACGCGAGAGAUGUGGAAGCGCCAGAUCUGGACGGACGCAAAAGCCGUCGAGAUCAUGAAAGAGGCGGCGCUCGCCGACAACGAGAAAUGCGUCGUGGGGGGCCUACGCUUCUUUCUAGGCGGUGACAAGGAGCGAGAAGAGUUGGAAGACGAGAGCUCUGACGAGGAAACGGUCGACAUUAGUAAGCUACGGCAUCAGAUCGGCGUCAAUAAGAAGAGCAAGAAGACGGAGAGAAAACUAGAAAAGGCCGCCGCUACCGUCCGCCGCAAGGAGAAGAAGAAAGGCCAGCCUCAUCCCUUGAACUUCUCAGCGCUGCAUCUCUUACACGAUCCGCAAGGGUUUGCUGAGAGCUUGUUCUCAAAGCAUCUACAGAGCGCAAAGUCAAAGCUGAACCUCGAACAAAAGCUGCUGGCGUUACAGCUAGUGUCGCGACUAAUCGGACUGCACAAGUUGACCGUUAUUAGCUUCUACUCCUACUUUCUCAAAUAUUUGACUCCUGGACAGCCCUCGGUCACAUCGUUUUUGGCAUCGCUAGCGCAGUCCACGCAUAAUCUUGUGCCGCCGGAUAUUGUGGAGCCCUUAAUACAGAAGAUCGCUAACGAAUUUGUAUCUGAGGCCGCUGCUGGAGAGGUAGCCGCGGCAGGAUUGAACGCCAUUCGCGAGAUUUGUGUGCGGCAACCAUUAGCUAUGAAUGAUACCCUGCUACAAGAUCUGGUCAUGUAUCGGAAAAGCAAGGAUAAAGGGGUGAUGAUGGCAGCGAAAGGUCUUUUGAGCCUCUACAGACAAGUAGGCGCCGAAAUGCUUCGAAAAAGAGACCGUGGGCGAGACGCAACCCUAGGCUUGAAGUCUGGGGAACAGAAACAGCCGAGAUUUGGUGAAGAGGCUGUUGGUGAGAUUGAAGGGUUGGAGCUCCUGGAAAAGUGGAAGGAGCAGGAGAGGCAGAGAAGGAGACUGGAAAAGGGUCUUCCCGCAGCCGCUGGCUCUGACGACGAGGAAGAAGAACAAGAAAGCGACGAGGAAGACUGGAAUGCUUGGAACAUCGAAGAAGACGCAGACAGCGAUGAUUCAGGAGGGUGGAUCAACGUCGAGAGUGACGACGAGAUCAACAUCAGUGAUAGCGAGGACGAGCAACCCUCAGCGAAGAAAGUACGGUUUGCUCCGCCAGCGUCUGCCAGCGACGACAAAGAGAACGAAGGCGACGAAGCUGCUGACCUAACGACAGCACAGCAGAAGUCGAAACUGGCCACGACUCGAAUAUUGACGCCCGCAGAUCUGGCCAAGUUGCAAGAACUUCGAACGACUGCCUCAGUCUCGUCGCUCAUGAAGCACAAAUCACAUCACGCAUCAACCACAUCGUUACAGACUAAUUCGCAACGACACAUGGACGACCCUCUCACGGCCGCCGAGAUCGAAGGUCUGGCUUCGCUCUCUCGCGGCAAAGCGACUCGAGCACAGAAGCUGGCCUUACUGCAGGAACAUAAAGAUGACCGCGAGGCACACAAAUCUAAAGCCGCCCGCAAGAAGGAACGUAAAGAGUCUGAGGGCAAGAGCACAACAAACAAGGAGAAGGCUCGUAAAAAGAAUUUCUUGAUGACAUUGGGAAAGGCGAAGUCCAAGGGGAAGAGGAGUUUAGUCGAGCACCGGAAGAUCUUGAGAGCGCAUGCUGAACGAGGGAAGAAGGGAGGGAGACGAGGCAAUAGAGGAUAG